AUGUUCCACGAGUUGCUGCGGGGCCCGGUGCCACCCAGAGUGCUGCCUUUUCUCGCUGCUGUGCUUUUCCAAAGGAAGGAGAGGAAGGAGACCGGCUUUUAUCGCUGGCAGUGGGAGAAGCACCCUUACUACAACCUAACAGUAAAAGUACUCAGAGCCAGAAACAUCAAGGGUACAGAUCUAUUGUCCAAGGCAGACUGCUAUGUGGAACUGAAACUGCCCACUGCAUCUCCAGUAGUAUCACGAACUCAGGUUGUCGACAAUUCGGAUAACCCAGAAUGGAAUGAAACUUUCCAGUAUCGAAUCCAUAGUGCUGUCAAGAACAUUCUGGAACUGACUCUUUAUGAUGAGGAUGUCCUAAUUAGUGAUGAGCUCACUUCCGUGGUCUUCGAUGUAGGGGGUAUGAAGCCAGGUCAGCCUCUGCUGCGCACAUUCAGGUUGAACCCUGAGGCUAAUGAAGAGCUGGAUGUAGAAUUUUACUUGGAAAAAUGCUCAGAUACUCCUGCCGAGGUACUGACCAAUGGAGUCCUUGUGGUUCAUCCUUGUUUGUCUCUGCAGGGCACUGUCAACAGAGAGGAAAAAUCAAAAGAGAAACAGCAAGGGAGCUGUGAGGUCAAGCUAUCUGUUCCAGGGGCAUAUGAGAAACAGUUGUGUAUUCCUUGGAGACCUGACAGUGAGCAAGAUUAUGGAACCUCAUUUGUCUUUCAUGUGGACAAAGAAUUGCAUCCAGAACUGCAAGUGGAGCUGGAGCAAACCAUAUCUGUCCUACAGGAUGGUGUGAACCCUGAUAUUGAACAACAUACAACAGUUCUGGGACUGGGGACUGUACCGGUUAAUUCCCUUCCUAUUGGACAAAAAGUUGACAGAGUUGUUUCUCUUGGAGAGGGACAAAGUUUGGAUAUGAGUUUUAAAGCUGAAGAGACUACUUGGGAUCUUGAUAUACGCCUGGGUUUUGAUCUCUGUAAAGAGGAGAGAGAAUUUUUAGAUCGAAGGAAGAAAAUAGUUUCUGAGGCACUGAAGAAAGCACUUAACUUAAAAGAAUCCCCUGGGAAAGAUGAGGUUCCAGUCAUAGCAGUAUUGGGGUCUGGAGGUGGCAUGAGAGCACUGACAUCGUUCUAUGGCAGUCUAGCAGGGCUUCAGCAGCUGGGCCUUUUGGAUGCUGCAGUAUACCUAUGUGGCAUUUCUGGCUCUACUUGGUGUUUAUCUACAUUGUAUCAAGACCCUGACUGGUCACAGAAGGACCUUCAAGAUGCCAUCAACAGAGCUCAGGAUGCUGUGUCCAGCAGCAAAGGAGGGGCGUUUUCCCCUGAACGACUGAAAUAUUAUUUCCAAGAGCUGAAUGCAAUGGAGAGUAGUGGACGGAAUAUUUCCUUCACAGAUUUGUGGGGCCUUAUUGUGGAGUAUUUCCUACAACAGAAGGAAGACCCAUCAAAGCUGUCUGAUCAGCAAGAAGCGGUGAAAUGGGCCCAGAACCCCUAUCCCAUCUAUGCUGCUGUCAACGUGAGACCAAACAUUAGUAGUGAUGACUUUGCAGAAUGGUGUGAGUUCACUCCCUAUGAAGUUGGAUUUCGCAAAUAUGGAGCCUUUGUCCGAACAGAAGACUUUGACAGUGAGUUCUUCAUGGGGCGGCUCGUCCAAAAACAUCCAGAGCCCAGGAUUUGUUUUCUACAAGGAAUAUGGGGCAGCGCCUUUGCUGCAAGCUUGGAUGAUAUCUGCAUGAAAGUGGUUGGUAUAGGACUGGGCUUUCUAGAUUCUUUCAAAGAUGUCAUCAAAGUUAUAGAUGAUUGCCGAAGAUUCCAUUUUCGAGAUCCGACACGGCUGAAAACUCGCCUGGUUAUACCUGGGGGCCCCUUGUUGCAAAUUUUCCAGGAUUUCUUCACAUCCCGGGUCACAUGUGGAGAAACCUUCAAUUUCAUGCAGGGAUUGUAUCUUCAUAAAGAUUAUGUCAAUGUCAAGAAGUUUGUAGCUUGGAGAGGCACUCAUCUGGAUGCAUUUCCCAACCAGCUGACCCCCAUGGAAGAGAGCUUGUAUUUGGUGGAUGGUGGUUUUUCUAUCAAUUCUCCAUUUCCUUUGGUUCUUCAGCCAGAAAGGGAUGUGGAUGUCAUCUUGUCGUUCAACUUUUCCUGGGAAGCUCCGUUUGAGGUUUUAGAGCUGACUCAGAAAUACUGCAAGGAGCGGGAAAUUCCUUUUCCUGAAAUCAGAUUGAGUGAUGAAGAUGAAAAGAAGCCAAAAGAGUGUUACAUGUUUGUGGAUGAUAGGAAUCCAAAGGCUCCCAUCGUACUUCAUUUCCCAUUGGUGAAUGACACCUUUCAGAAGUAUAAAGCUCCAGGAGCUAAACGUGAAUCAGAAGAUGAGAAAUCCUUUGGCGACUUUGUCAUUGAGACAAAGGAUUCUCCUUACCGUACGCUAAAUUUUACCUUUGAACCAUAUGAUUUUAGCAGGUUAGUGGAAGUAAAUCGCUACAAUGUACUGAACAGCAAGGACAUUCUCUUCAAAACCCUAAAUCUGGCUCUGCAACGGAGAAAAAUGAAGAAAGUCUUCAACACAUGAGUGACUUAGCUACUAAGGAUCCAGACGGGCUGCAGUGUACGGAAGCUGUGUGAUUCAAGCCAGAAUGCUGAAAACUAAUAGCUGGAAACUGUCUUCUGAGAAGUUAUAUGCGUGUGACACAGAAAAUUCACUCCAGAUAAGAGAUGCUUUCACAAAAAACAAAGGGAUAACAGUGCAGCACUGAGGUUACUAUGCUUAAAAAAAUGGGGACAGGGAGGGAGAAGGGGAAUGAUCUAGCCCAGUAUCUCAUCUUAGUGGCUGAUACCAGAUGACUAGGGAGGACUAUGCAAGUGUCUAGAUAUAAUUUCCCUAACUCCGGUGGUGGUGUUUGAGGAAACACUGAUUUUUUUUCCAUAGCUUUGUCUGUCAUGCUUUUUGAACCUCCAUGACCACUUACAUUAUUUGGCAAGGAAUUCUGCAGCCUCUGACUAUGCACUGAGAGAGUAAAUGUCGUCUUUUGCUUUCAACUUGCUACUUGCUGAUGUCCAUGUACUUACAAGACUGAUUACCUGUUUGCCUUUUUUUAAUUCAUGGAUUGAAAGACCUCUGUGAUAUCUAUUCCUACCUCCCCAAGGAUUAUAAUGACUUUUAGUCUCCUGAAGUUCAAUAGAGUAACUUGCUUUUCACCAAAAACAAACGGUUACAAUAAUAGUUCCCUCUUUUUUUCGUGUGUAGCAACUAAAGACACGUCAAGGGAUUGCUUCUUCCUGAACUUAGUCAUCACAAGCUGAUGAAAUUUUAAAAAUGCUAUAAAUCUCAUGCUUUUUUCAUUUCCUAUAUAAGAGGAAAGGAGAUUCCUUGUAAGAGUCUGAAUUAAAUACUCUUUUCCUUGCAUUUAGGCUUACAAUUCAGCCAGAUCCUUGUUUAAGGAUUUUUUUUCUCCUGUUUGUGUCCAUAUGUUUUAGACGCACCUGUGUUCAAGAUAGGUACACCUUAUAAAUGUGAAUGAAUAAAAUGUCAGCUGCUGCUCUGUUGUGGGAUGGAAUUUACCUCACUUUGCUGAAGACUUAGAGAAAAGGACUGUUCUACAGUUGGAAAAUAUCCAAUAGGUAUAAGUUUUGUAUGUGUGGAUUUUUUUUUUUUUUUUGAGAUGGCAAACAGGCACUGUUUACAUGUGUAACUUCAACAUAAAGCUGAAUGUACGUACUUUG